AUGAGAUUUCCAGCAAAAAUCGUGUGGCUUGUGUUGUGGACUGUUUGUGUCGCAGAAGACUGUAGAGAACCCCCUCCCAGAAAAGAAACAGAAAUCCUGUCAGGUUCUUGGAAUGAACAAACAUAUCAAGAGGGCACUCAGGCUACAUAUAAAUGCCGCCCUGGAUACAGAACUCUGGGGAGUAUCGUAAUGGUGUGCAGGGGUGGAAAAUGGGUGUCUCUUCAUCCAUCAAGGAUAUGUCGGAAAAAGCCGUGUGCACACCCUGGAGACACUCCAUUUGGUUCUUUCCAUCUUGCAGAAGGCACUCAGUUUGAAUAUGGAGCAAAAGUUGUUUAUACAUGUGAUGAGGGGUAUCAGAUGCUGGGUGAGAUGAAUUUCCGUGAAUGUGACACAAAUGGAUGGACCAAUGAUAUUCCCAUAUGUGAAGUUGUUAAGUGUUUACCAGUGACAGAACCAGAGAAUGGGAAAAUUUUCAGUGGUGCCCUGGAACCAGACCAAGAAUAUACCUAUGGACAAGUGGUACAGUUUGAGUGUAAUUCAGGUUACAUGCUGGAUGGACCCAAACAAAUACAUUGCUCAGCAGGUGGUGUUUGGAGUGCAGAAACACCAAAAUGUGUAGAAAUUUCCUGCAAACCACCGGUUAUUUUAAAUGGACAAGUUGUACUUCCAAAGGCAACUUAUAAGGCAAAUGAACGAGUUCAAUAUAGAUGUGCACCCGGUUUUGAAUAUGGUGAGAGAGGAGAUACAGUAUGCACUAAAUUUGGAUGGACUCCAGCUCCUGCUUGUAAAGAAAUAAUAUGUGAUCCUCCUCGUAUUCCAAACGGUGUGUACAGACCUGAAUUAAGCAAAUACAGAGGUCAAGAUAAAAUCACUUAUGAGUGUAAAAAGGGUUUUAUUCCUGAGAUCCAUGGAAAUGUUGCAACGUGUACUAGAGAUGGCUGGGCACCUGCUCCGAGAUGUACCUGGAAACCUUGUAAUUAUCCAGUAAUAAAACAUGGACGGCUAUACUAUUCAUACAGAGGAUACUUUCCAGCACGUGUGAAUCAACAGAUUGUCUAUAACUGUGAUCAGCCUUUUGUGGCUCCUUCACAACGUUACUGGGAUUACCUGACUUGCACAGCAGAAGGAUGGUCUCCAGAAGAACCAUGCCUCAGACAAUGUAUUUUCAAUUAUUUGGAAAAUGGACAUACCCCACGUCGUGAAGAAAAAUACUUACAGGGUAAAACUGUAAGAGUUCACUGCUAUGACGGCCACAGUCUUGAAAAUAAUCAGAACACAAUGACCUGCACAGAGAAUGGCUGGUCUCCUUCUCCCAGAUGCAUCCGUGUCAAAACAUGUUCAAAAUAUGAUGUAAGAAUUGAGAAUGGAUUUUUGUCUGAGUCUGCCUUUACGUAUCCGCUAAAUAAGCAAACAGAAUAUAAGUGUAAACCAGGAUAUGUAACAGCAGAUGGUAAGACAUCAGGAUUAAUUACAUGUCUGCAAAAUGGAUGGUCAGCUCAACCUGUAUGCAUUAAAUCCUGUGACAGGCCAAUAUUUGAGAAGGCCAGAGCCAAAAGUGAUGGCACGUGGUUCAGGGUGAACGACAGGCUGGACUAUGAAUGUCUUGAUGGGUAUGAGAACCGAGACGGACACACCGCAGGCUCCAUAGUGUGUGGUCAAGACGGCUGGUCCGAUAAAGCUGCAUGCUACGAAAGAGAAUGCAGUAUUCCCGAAAUGGAUACAUACUUAAAUGCUUAUCCCAGGAAAGAAACAUUUAAAGUUGGAGAUGUGCUGAAAUUCUCCUGCAGUCAUGGCCGUAUUAUGGUUGGAGCAGAUUCAGUUCAGUGCUACCACUUUGGAUGGUCCCCUAAACUUCCAACGUGUAAAGGGAAAGUAAAACCGUGUGCUCCACCUCCUCAACUUCUCAAUGGGGAAGGGAAAGAAAUACACAAAGAAGAGUAUGCACACAAUGAGGUCGUGGAAUAUGCUUGCAACCCCAGAUUUCUGAUGAAGGGUUCUCAUAAAAUUCAAUGUGUUGAUGGAGAAUGGACAGCUUUACCUGUGUGUAUUGAGGAGGAGCAUACCUGUGGAGAUAUACCUGACAUUGAUCACGGCGAUGCCAAGCCUUCUGUCCCUCCUUAUCACCGUGGAGACUCAGUAGAGUUCAGUUGCAGAGAAGCAUUUACAAUGAUUGGACCCAGAUUUAUCACGUGUAUUAGUGGAGAGUGGACCCAACCUCCUCAGUGCAUUGCAACAGAUGAACUGAAGAAGUGUAAAGGGUCAAAAUUAUUUCUACAUAAUGGAGAACUAGCACAUAAAAUUGAAUAUGAUCAUAACACUAACAAAAGUUACCAAUGCCGAGGAAAAUCAGAACUCAAACACUCAAUCUGUAUAAAUGGAAAAUGGGAUCCUAAAGUAACCUGCAAAGAAGAAGCACAAAUACAACAAUGCCCACCUCCACCUCAGAUUCCCAAUGCUCGAGAUAUGACAACUACAGUGAAAUAUCAAGAUGGAGACAAAAUAUCAAUUCUAUGUAAAGAAAAUUAUCUAAUUCAAGAUGCAGAAGAAAUUGUGUGCAAGGAUGGAAGAUGGCAGUCAAUCCCACGUUGUAUUGAAAAAAUUGGAUGUUCUCAACCACCUCAAAUAGACCAUGGAACCAUUAGCUCAUCUAGUUCUGCAGAAGAAAGGAGAGAAAUACAUGAACAAAGGCUGUAUGCACAUGGCACGAAUUUAAGUUAUACUUGUGAAGAAGGCUUUGAGAUAUCUGAACAUAAUGUGAUAAUAUGCCAAAUGGGAAAGUGGAGCUCUCCACCUCAGUGUGUAGGACUUCCUUGUGGACAUCCACCUUAUAUUCUGAAUGGUGUUUUAUCUCACAAGAAAGACAGUUACCAAUAUGGAGAAGAAGUUACUUACGACUGUGAUGAAGGGUUUGGAACUGAUGGACCUGCAUCUAUGAGAUGUUUAGGAGGGAAAUGGUCUCGUCCACAAGAUUGCAUAAGCACAAAUUGUGUUAACUUGCCCACCUUUGAUGAUGCUGUACUCAUAGAUCAGGAGAAGGAUUUCUAUAGUUCAGGAGAACAAGUGGCUUUUAAGUGUCUAUCAUAUUAUCAGUUGGAUGGAUCUAAUACUAUACAGUGUAUGAAGAGCAAAUGGAUAGGAAGGCCAGCGUGCAGAGAUGUUUCCUGUGUGAAUCCACCUCAAGUGGAAAAUGCUAUUAUACAAAAUCAGAAAUCUAGAUAUCAAAGUGGUGAGAAAGCACGUUACGAAUGCAUCGGGAAUUAUGACCUCUUUGGAGGGAUAGAUGUCGUAUGUUUAAAUGGAACUUGGACAAAACCACCUCAGUGCAAAGACCCUCAAGGAAAAUGUGGGCCUCCUCCACCAAUAGACAACGGAGACAUUACCUCACUCCUGCAAUCAGUGUAUCCUUCAGGAAUGAUUGUUGAGUACCGGUGUCAGGCCUACUAUGAACUUCGGGGAAACAGAAACGUAGUAUGUCGGAGUGGAGAGUGGUCAGAAAUACCAAAAUGCUUAGUGAAACCUUGUAAUUAUCCAGUAAUAAAACAUGGACAGCUAUAUUAUUCAUACAGAGGAUACUUUCCAGCACAUGUAAAUCAAAAGUUUUCCUAUUACUGUGAUCAGUAUUUUGUGCCUCCUUCACAAUAUUCCUGGGAUUACCUGACUUGCACAGCAGAAGGAUGGUCUCCAGAAGAACCAUGCCUCAGAGAAUGUAUUUUCAAAAAUUUAGAAAAUGGACAAACCCCAAGCAGUGAAAGAAAAGUUUUACAGGGUGAAACUGUAAGUGUUCGCUGCGAUCAUGGCCACAGUCUUGAAAAUAAUCAGAACACAAUGACCUGCACCGAGAAUGGCUGGUCUCCUCCUCCCAGAUGCAUCCGUGUCAAAACAUGUUCAAAAUAUGAUAUAAGUAUUGAGAAUGGAUUUUUGUCUGAAUCUGCCUUUACAUAUUCCCUAAAUAAACAAACUGGAUAUAAGUGUAAACCAGGAUAUGUAACAGCAGAUGGUAAGACAUCAGGAUUAAUUACAUGUCUACAAAAUGGAUGGUCAACUCAACCUGUAUGCAUUAAAUCCUGUGACAGGCCAGUAUUUGAGAAGGCCAGAGCCAAAAGUGAUGGCACGUGGUUCAGGCUGAACGACAGGCUGGACUACGAAUGUCUUGAUGGGUAUGAGAACCGAGACGGACGCACCGCAGGCUCCAUAGUAUGUGGUCAAGACGGCUGGUCCGAUAAAGCUGCAUGCUACGAAAGAGAAUGCAGUGUUCCAGAAAUAGAUACAUACUUAGAUGCUCAUCCCAGGAAAGAAACAUUUAAAGUUGGAGAUGUGCUGAAAUUCUCCUGCAGUCAAGGCCGUAUUAUGGUUGGAGCAGAUUCAGUUCAAUGCUACCACUUUGGAUGGUCCCCUAAACCUCCAACGUGUAAAGUAAGGAAAGUAAAACCGUGUGCUCCACCUCCUCAACUUCUCAAUGGGAAAGGGAAAGAAAUACACAAAGAAGAGUAUGCACACAAUGAGGUUGUGGAAUAUGCUUGCAACCCCAGAUUUCUGAUGAAGGGUUCUCAUAAAAUUCAGUGUGUUGAUGGAGAAUGGACAGCUUUACCUGUGUGUAUUGAGGAGGAGCGUACCUGUGGAGAUAUACCUGACCUUGAUCAUGGCGAUGUCAAGCCUUCCGUCCCUCCUUAUCAGCAUGGCGACUCGGUAGAGUUCAGUUGCAGAGAAGCAUUUACAAUGAUUGGACCCAGAUUUAUCACGUGUAUUAGCGGACAGUGGACCCAAACUCCUCAGUGCAUUGCAACAGAUGAACUUAAGAAGUGUAAAGGGUCAAUAUUAUUUCCAACUGAGGGAAAACCAUCAUAUAAGACUGAAUAUGACCACAACACCAACAAAAGUUACCAAUGCCGAGGAAAAUCAGAACUCAAACACUCAAUCUGUAUCCACAGAGAAUGGGAUCCUAAAGUAACCUGCAAAGAAGCACAAAUACAGCAAUGCCCACCUCCACCUCAGAUUCCCAAUGCUCGAGAUAUGACAACUACAGUGAAAUAUCAGGAUGGAGAAAAAAUAUCAAUUCUAUGUAAAGAAAAUUAUUUAAUUCAAGAUGCAGAAGACAUUGUGUGCAAGGAUGGGAGAUGGCAGUCAAUCCCACGUUGCACUGAAAAAAUUGGAUGUUCUCAACCACCUCAAAUAGACCAUGGAACCAUUAAAUCAUCCAGCUCUGCAGAAGAAAGAAGAGAAAUACAUGAACAAGGGCUGUAUGCACAUGGCACGAAGUUAAGUUAUACUUGUGAAGAAGGCUUCGAGAUAUCUGCAAAUGAUGUGAUAAUAUGCCAUAUGGGAAAGUGGAGCUCUCCCCCUCACUGUGUAGGACUCCCUUGUGGACAUCCACCUUAUAUUCUGAAUGGUGUUGUAUCUCACAAGAAAGACAGCUACCAAUAUGGAGAAGAAGUUACUUAUGACUGUGAUGAAGGGUUUGGAACUGAUGGACCUGCAUCUGUGAGGUGUUUAGGAGGGAAAUGGUCUCGUCCACAUGAUUGCAUAAGCACAAAUUGUGUUAACUUGCCCACCUUUGAUGAUGCUGUACUCAUAGAUCAGGAGAAGGAUUUCUAUAGGUCAGGAGAACAAGUGGCUUUUAAGUGUCUAUCAUAUUAUCAGUUGGAUGGAUCUAAUACUAUACAGUGUGUGAAGAGCAAAUGGAUAGGAAGGCCAGCGUGCAGAGAUGUUUCCUGUGUGAAUCCACCUCAAGUGGAAAAUGCUGUUAUACAAAAUCAGAAGUCUAGAUAUCAAACUGGUGAGAAAGCACAUUACGAAUGCAUCGGGAAUUAUGACCUCUUUGGGGAGACAGAUGUUGUAUGUUUAAAUGGAACUUGGACAAAACCACCUCAGUGCAAAGACCCUCAAGGAAAAUGUGGGCCUCCUCCACCAAUAGACAACGGAGACAUCACCUCACUCCUGCAGUCAGUGUACCCUUCAGGAAUGAUUGUUGAGUACCGGUGUCAGGCCUACUAUGAACUUCGGGGAAACAGAAACGUAGUAUGUUGGAGUGGAGAGUGGUCAGAACCACCAAAAUGCUUAGAAGCAUGUGUAAUUUCAGAAGAAACAAUGAGAAAACAUCACAUACAGUUAAGAUGGAAACAUGAUACAAAAUUGUAUUCUAAAACAGGAGAUAAUAUUGAAUUUACGUGUCAACGUGGUUAUCAUCCAGUGACACCCCGUCACACAUUUCGAACAACUUGUCGGGAAGGAAAGGUGGUAUAUCCUAGCUGUGGAUAA